CUCUGAAGUACGGCAUGUUGCGCCAACUGCAAGAGAGACAGAAACCGUGAUGGUCAUGGCUAGAGAGAGAAACACCACGGUGGAUUGAGGGAGAGAGAGAGAGAAAGAGACAGAGAUAUAAAGUGCGUACGGGACAUAUGGACAGAGUGAGAGAGAAAGAUCGAAGAAAACGCUCAUUCUGUCUCGCAUUUUCCAGUCCGUUUCUCUGAGCUUCAACUCCUGCUCAAAUCUCAUCAAUAUUGGUUUGCAUAUUUGAGUCAGAAUAGCUGCUCAGAAUGAAUAUGAAUCAUCGGCAAAUGGAGAUGCAUUACAUAAAUACUGGAUUUCCGUACACUGUUACCGAGAGUUUUAUGGAUUUCUUUGAAGGUCUUACACAUGUACCUGCUCAUUAUCCUUAUAUCGCACCUAUGCAUGAUCAGGAAACUGCAUAUUGGUCAAUGAAUAUGAAUUCGUACAAAUUCGGAUUACCUGGUCCAGGAAGUACAUCUUAUUAUGGUCUUUACGAGAUAAAUGACUAUUUACCAAGGAUGGAUUUCAGCAGGAGGGCUUGGGAAUAUCCUUCUAUGGCGAACAUCGAAGAACCUAUCACCAUAGAUGUACAGUCAGGAGGGAGUGCAUCCUCGAGUAUGCACGCCAUCCCUGAAGAAUGCAGUCCAAAUCAUCCAAAUCAUCAGGAAGCAGCUAGCCCUCAGGUCAUUUGGCAAGACAACAUCGAUCCUGAUAACAUGACCUAUGAGGAAUUACUUGAUUUGGGCGAGGCAGUUGGAACUCAAAGUCGUGGUCUUUCCCAAGAUCUAAUUGAUUUGCUUCCAACUUCAAAAUACAAGUCUGGUGGCUUUUUCUCAAGGAAAAGAUCUGGGGAGAGGUGUGUGAUAUGCCAAAUGAGAUAUAAAAGAGGGGACCGACAAAUAAAUUUGCCUUGCAAGCACGUCUAUCAUACUGAUUGUGGAUCUAAAUGGCUCAGCAUUAACAAGACAUGUCCGGUUUGCAACACUGAAGUAUUUGUCGAUGAAUCAAGGGAAUAGGAUGACAUCAAAAUGGUGAAUAUAGAAUUACGAAUUCAGAUGGUUCUUUGCUUCACAACGGGUUGUUUCCCAUCUCUUUCUUUUUCUCAAAUAUCAAAAAAGACUUCUGCAUUCGCAGAGGUAGUCCUGAGACUGAAGCUGUUCCUUAUUUCAUCUUACACGUUUUGUUUUGUAGAAGAACACCAUCUUAGGUUUUUAUAGAAAGUAUAGAUUGCAAGUAUCCAAUCUGGUUCUUCUGGAGAGGGUUGAGAGUAUGUAAUUGUUUUAGCUUUUACUCCUAUUCUGAUGUUCAUAUGUUCCUUUUGAAAUUGUGCUCUAUAGCUCCACAGCUCGUUGAAUUCGAUUAGUCGAUUGCUCUUAGAGUUCCUGAUAUACCCUAGUGAAGGAAAAUGAAGAAAGACUAUGAGCCUGUGACCAUGAAUCAUCAUCCUGCA